GGUGGCAUAUCCCCGACAAAGCAUUUCCCCGUCUUGGCCGCCAGGUGGCAGCAUUAGAACACUGUUUCUUCCGCUAGUCGGCAGAGCUCAAGUCUGACACCGACGCAAGGCUCUGCCGGCAUGCUAGAUGUGAAGUGAUGCUGUGUUAAAGAGGCCUACCUCUUCCGUAGGCAGAUCGGCUGAGAGGGAGGGAAGAGGGAGGUGUUGGAAAUAUUCAGUGCAUCUCACUUCCUUCGCUGUGCGCCCACUUUAGUUUCUCUAAGAACAUUUAAUAAGAAGGCAUCUCAGCUGCUGCAGCACCCUGGGAAAAUAGGGCACGGUUUUUACGCUUCUUUUUUGGUCUUCCCUCCAUUUUUUUCCAUUUUCUUAAUUUCUGUUUUCUUCAGUUAUCAUGUAUAUUUUUACAUAACAGAAUAACACAUAUUCAGGCGGGGAUUCUUUCAUAUGAAUUCGUCUUCUUGGACUAUGGGAUUAUACUUUCGUUGGCGGCUGUUUCCACCUGCCAGUCCACAAGAGUCUGUGGGUGGUAAUUUUUAACUACAUUUUCAUCGACUCAAAAUCAUUUAUCAUUUUAUAUCCUCCUCAAUAAAAAAAUACUCCAAUUGCCUCUCUCUCUCUCACUCACUCACUCUCACUCACUCUCUCUCCCUCUCCCGCUUUCCCUCUCUCUUUUUACACCCCCGUGGACUUUUCUUACUGGUUCAGCCUCCACCUCCAUUUCUUUUCCUUGAUUUCUUUUUUCUUCCACAGUCAAGUCGGAUCGUUGGAUUUUAAGCCGUGAAGAAAAUUUUUAAUACUGGAAUAGAAUCGCCAAAGCAUCCGUCGCCAAAAACAAGGAAAAGAGUCGCAGCGAAAAGAAAGGACUGCGCCCGAGUGCGAGUCAAAGGAGAAAGAGAAUCGCAUGGAAGAGAGCGCCCCGAACCGUCUCUCCACUUGUCCAGCCCGCUCCACUGGUUUCUCACCUGUAUGUAUGUGGUGUAACGUUUAUGACAGCAGCGCAGCGCAGCGCUCUCCGUGCUCACCACUGGAUUAGUGAUUUUCACAUCGGGCUCUCCUUUCGCUUUAUUUCUUAAUACGAGCACCCCCGCCCCUUAUUUCUCUUCUGGGGAUAGAAAUUCCUCCAAGUGUGGAAAUUGUGGAUUGUAAAGUGACAAACUAUGCCAAUGUGAUUCUGUUCGUCCAUUGAACCAAAACCGGAUCGAAAAAGGAAAAGAGAACGUGACAGAGAAAGACAGAGAACAUCGCCACCAACACCAUCUCAGGAGAAGAAGCUAUGGGAUAUGGAAAGCAAGAUUUGAUAAAAAACUUAUAAUUCCAUCAUUCUUCUGAAAGCUGCAGAGUGCAUGCCACUACUACAUUUUGCAUCAAUAUUAUUUAUUCCAUUCAAAUAUUCCUUCAAUAUUCAGUUGUUGUUUUUAUUUUUAUUGACAUUGCUGUCUCUCCAUAUUAUAUAUUUUAGUAGAUACAUAUCUGAAAGGGAUCAGUCAGCCUAUCCAAAAUCGGUUCAUAAAAAGACCAAAAAAAUAAAAUGAACUAUUUAAACUCAGAGCCAGAAAGACCAAUAGCUGCAAGAACAAGCUGAACCACCAAUGUAGUGAAGUUUUUACUUUUGAAAGUUAAUUGAUUGCAAGGUUGUUCGUUUCCUUUUUCAUAAUCACUAUCAUUAAAGCCUAAACCAUUGUCAUCCCUUUUAGCCAGGCUGAGCCUAGCCUUCCAUUUUCACGAGUUAAGUCGAGGCGACUCCACGAACUUGCUAGUGAUGUGUCCUGUUGUUGCUUUCGCUCCCUUGGGUGUUUUUUAUUUGUAGAAACCCAAAGACCUGAAAAGCACUCGAGAGCUCUAGUUAAAAGGAAGGGAAAGAAAUAAUAAUAAUAAUAAAAAGUUUUCAAUUGUGUUGCUCAUCUUCAUUUUUAAUUCCUUCAUUCGCAUCCUUCCACUCCCGUGACCACCCUUUCAUUAUUUUGUACAUAUUAUAUUAGUGUUGCUUUACUUCUCAUCAUUGUAUGUGGCUAUGCAAGCAAGGCAAGAUCUGAAGCGGAUUCAAACAUGCUCUCACCUUUAACCUGGUCUGGACAGCCCACUCGUACAACUCAAGGCAUUGAAACUCUUCACCAUGUCUCACCCGUCACAUCGAUGCUGCUUUUUCCUCUCUGUGUCCCUGCUCCCUGUACCAUGGAUAACCACCUGUGCCACAACAGCAUCCUCUGCCUUUCGCAGGACUCAACUUUCUCCAACCCUGCUUCUGCUGAUCUCACUUCUGUUGACCUGUGCACUCUCAGGCAGCAGUGGGAGAGUAGUGACCUCUUCAAAGGGUUCGCCAGGGCUGGGCAUUGCUGUGAUACUGGUGGGCACCUCCAACGAAGUGGCCCUAAAAGAUACAUAUGACAAAGACGAUUUCCAGCACAUGAUUGUCACUCCCAGCGUGGAGCUGGUUACCAUGAAUGAGACAGAUCCCAAAAGCAUCAUCACGCGCAUUUGUGACCUCAUGUCAGACAAGAAGAUCCAAGGGGUUGUCUUCGGAGAUGACACUGACCAGGAGGCCAUUGCUCAGAUACUGGAUUUCAUCUCGGCUCAGACUCACAUACCUAUCCUUGGAAUCCAUGGUGGCUCUUCCAUGAUUAUGGCAGCCAAGGAUGAUCAUUCCAUGUUUUUUCAGUUUGGUCCUUCAAUUGAACAACAGGCUUCAGUUAUGCUAAACAUAAUGGAGGAAUAUGAUUGGUACAUCUUUUCUAUUGUCACCACAUAUUUCCCUGGGUACCAAGACUUUGUCAACAAGGUACGCAGCACAAUUGAAAACAGCUUUGUGGGUUGGGAGCUUGAAGAGGUCAUUCUGUUAGACAUGUCCUUGGAUGAUGGAGAUUCAAAGAUUCAAAACCAGUUGAAGAAACUUCAGAGUCCUGUGAUUCUUCUCUACUGCACAAAGGAGGAGUCCACCUACAUUUUUGAAGUGGCCCAUUCAGUGGGUUUGACUGGCUAUGGGUACACCUGGAUUGUGCCUAGUUUAGUGACUGGGGAUUCUGAUAAUGUUCCUUCUGAAUUCCCAACUGGACUAAUCUCUGUGUCCUACGAUGAAUGGGAUUACAGCCUGCAUGACCGAGUUCGAGAUGGAAUUGCAGUCAUCACCACAGCAGCGUCCACCAUGCGGAUUGACCAUGGCUUUAUUCCAGAACCCAUUACAAGCUGUUAUAAUGCCCAGGAUAAGAUGGCUUACCAGUCAAGUAUGCUCAACAGGUUUCUGAUGAAUGUGACAUUUGAAGGUAGAAACCUGUCCUUUAGUGAAGAUGGCUACCAGAUGCACCCCAAAUUGGUGAUCCUCUUACUGGGAAAAGAGCGGCGAUGGGAAAGGGUUGGAAAAUGGGAAAACCGCACCCUUUCGAUGAAAUACCACGUUUGGCCACGGUUUGACCUGUUUUCUGAUGCAGAAGAGAGGGAAGAUGACCACCUGAGCAUCGCCACCUUGGAAGAAGCUCCCUUUGUUAUUGUUGAAAACGUGGAUCCCCUCAGUGGGACAUGUAUGCGCAAUACUGUGCCCUGCAGAAAACAGAGGAAAUCAAAUUCAACAGAUGAGACACCUGUUUACACCAAACUCUGCUGCAAAGGUUUCUGCAUUGACAUCCUCAAAAAGAUUGCCAAGCAAGUCAAGUUCACAUAUGACCUCUAUUUGGUGACUAAUGGCAAGCAUGGCAAAAAAAUCAAUGGCACAUGGAAUGGGAUGGUUGGAGAGGUGGUAUUUAAGCGAGCACAGAUGGCAGUAGGCUCCUUGACAAUCAAUGAGGAAAGAUCGGAGGUCAUCGAUUUUUCUGUUCCCUUCAUUGAGACCGGGAUCAGUGUGAUGGUGUCACGGAGCAACGGAACAGUUUCUCCGUCUGCUUUUUUGGAACCUUUCAGCGCAGAUGUAUGGGUCAUGAUGUUUGUGAUGUUACUCAUCGUCUCAGCAGUGGCCGUCUUCGUUUUUGAGUAUUUCAGCCCUGUGGGCUACAACCGAUGCCUUGCUGAUGGACGUGAGCCUGGCGGCCCCUCGUUCACCAUUGGCAAAGCAAUUUGGCUCUUGUGGGGCCUGGUGUUCAACAACUCUGUGCCUGUGCAGAAUCCCAAAGGCACCACCAGCAAGAUCAUGGUCUCAGUGUGGGCCUUCUUCGCUGUCAUCUUCUUGGCCAGCUACACUGCCAACCUGGCUGCCUUCAUGAUCCAGGAGGAAUAUGUAGAUCAGGUUUCAGGUCUCAGUGACAAAAAGUUUCAGAGACCUAAUGACUUCUCUCCUCCUUUUCGCUUCGGGACUGUACCAAAUGGGAGCACAGAGAGAAACAUCCGGAAUAACUACAAUGAGAUGCACUCAUAUAUGGUCAAGUUCAACCAAAGAAAUGUGAAUGAUGCAUUGCACAGCCUCAAAACCGGGAAACUGGAUGCCUUUAUCUAUGAUGCUGCUGUGCUUAAUUACAUGGCAGGAAGAGAUGAGGGUUGCAAACUAGUGACUAUUGGGAGUGGGAAAGUGUUUGCGUCUACUGGUUAUGGCAUUGCCAUUCAAAAGGACUCUGGCUGGAAGCGACCAGUGGACCUUGCUAUACUACAGCUGUUUGGUGAUGGGGAAAUGGAGGAACUGGAAUCUCUCUGGCUGACAGGAAUCUGCCACAAUGAGAAAAAUGAGGUGAUGAGCAGCCAGCUAGACAUUGACAAUAUGGCGGGAGUUUUCUACAUGCUGGGAGCAGCCAUGGCACUCAGUCUCAUCACUUUCAUCUGCGAGCAUCUCUUCUACUGGCAGUUCCGCCACUGCUUCAUGGGAGUCUGCUCUGGGAAGCCCGGCAUUGUCUUCUCAAUCAGCAGGGGUAUCUACAGUUGCAUUCAUGGAGUUCAGAUUGAAGAUAACAAAUCGGUGAUGAACUCACCAUCAGCCACUAUGAACAAUGCCCACUCCAACAUUCUUCGCCUCCUGCGUACAGCAAAGAACAUGGCAAGUCUCUCAGGGGUCAAUGGGUCUCCACAUAGUGCCCUUGACUUUAUUCGUCGUGAAUCCUCAGUCUAUGACAUUUCUGAACAUCGCAGGAGCUUUGCAGGCCACUCUGACUGCAAACCCCCAUAUCUACCAGAGGAAAACAUGUUCAGUGAUUAUAUUAGUGAGGUGGAGAGGACUUUUGGAAACCUUCACUUAAAGGAUAGUAACCUGUACCAGGACCACUACCUGCAUCACCAUGGUCCUUCACAAUCAGGGGGUCUGAUUCCUCAACAGCAGGUUCCACCUAGGCCUCGUAGCCUAGGAAGUGCAAGCUCUUUAGAAGGCCCUUUAUAUGACUGUGAUAGUAUUGGAGGUGGCCCACCAGCUUUCACCACACAGCCCAGGGCUUCUCUGCCUCCGCAUCGAAGUAAGUUUGACUUAGUUGGGUCUUCACAACAGGGAUUUAAACAUGGCUUAUCAGACUUAUAUGGCAAAUUUUCUUUUAAAGGCGGUGGUGGGUUCUUGGGUGGAGGAAGUGUUCAUGACCGUUAUUGCCAUGAAGACAACAAUAUCCGUUCUGAUGUAUCUGACAUAUCCACCCACACUGUAACCUAUGGCAAUUUGGAAGGCAAUGCCAAGCGCCGAAAACAGUACCGUGACAGCCUGAAGAAAAGGCCAGCCUCUGCCAAGUCAAGGAGGGAGUUAGAUGAAAUUGAACUGGCUUUCCGCAGACGGCCCCAUGCAUUUCACCGAUCUGCCUCACCUCCACCACAUCCACAGGACAGGAAGAGAGGAGGGGGGACUGCCUGCUCGUAUUUGAUGCGAGAUAAGGAGGGCCUGCGUGAUUUCUACUUGGAUCAGUUCAGACCCAAGGAAAACACACCCCACUGGGAGCAUGUAGAUCUUACUGAUGUCUACAAGGACUCUUCAUCAGGAGGUGGACUAGGAGUCAGUAAUGGUGGGGGCCUAGUGGUAGAGGAUUUCCUCAAAAGCAAAAAAACAGGGGCUGGAGGUACCAAUUCUGAUUGCAAACCUGGCAGUCAACAGCAAUCAAGUUCCGGGUGCUGGGAGAAGAAUAUUGGCCUUUCAGGUGAUUGGGAAUGCCGUAAUUGCCCUGGAGGAGGAAAGCUAUCCCACAUCGGUGGAGGAGGUUAUAGUGGCAGUGGAAGUGGUUGUUCAAAUCCUGGCCCAGGAAGCGGGCGCCCAUCUUCCGCUACAUGCAUCCGAUGUGAAGCAUGCAAGAAAACAGGCAAUCUAUAUGAUAUCAGUGAAGACAAUUCCCUCCAAGAGCUAACAGGUCCUUCACUUGCAUCCAAGUAUGGCCAGAUGUCAUCAGAAGCUAGCAAAACACAAGGCCCUCAACAGCGUAGAAAAUGCAGUGGUGGUAGUGGGAAGCAGCUACGACGCCAGCACUCGUAUGAUACCUUUGUGGAGCUGCAAAAAGAAGAUUCAAUCAGUAUGCUUCCUCCUCCCAGGAGUGUCAGUCUGAAAGAUAAAGACCGCUUUCUGGAAGGGGCCAGCCCUUACGCUCAUAUUUUUGAACGACAUGCACCCUCAGCAUCUUCUAAUACAGAUCCAUUUUUCAGUGGCGGGGGAAUUGGAGGAGGGAAGACCUCUUCCUCAUUCUGUAGUGGGAUGGGCGGCCUCUUUCGUGGAUCAGAUCAUCAUAGGCCUGGCACUGGGGGGUACUCUCUCAGCAAAUCACUCUACCCUGAUCGAGUCAAUCAAAACCCUUUUAUCCCUACUUUUGGGGACGAUCAGUGCUUGCUGCAUGGGGCCAAGUCCUACUACUUCAAGAAACAGCAACAACAACAGCAAUCAGGGCUGAAGGGGAGGUCUGAUUUCCGGGUGUCUGGCCCUCUGGGAGCCACAUCCUUUCUCCCUGCCACUGCAGCAGCAGGAGUAGUUUCUAAUGUGGCAUCUGGGCGCUUUUCCAAGGACUUGUGUUUGAGUGGAAUGGGUAACCACCACAGUGGAAUGGUGCCAAAUAAUAAAAACAUGAUGGUAGGGGCAAAUCAGCGGCCAUUCAAUGGAUCGAGCAAUGGGCAUGUUUAUGAGAAACUAUCCAGCAUAGAGUCGGAUGUCUAGAAAUACAAAUUAUGAAUGAAAGGAUAGAAAAUGAGAGUCGGAGAAAGACAGCACACAACAACCAUAUGGAUGUACAGACUUUAAAGGAAAUGAAAUGUAGUGGCAGAUAACAGAACGAAUCCUUUCUCUUACUCCCAAUGUUUUCUUCAGAAGUUGCUUUGCACCUGUAGGACAUUAAAGGCUCAGAUGAAAUCACAGGGUAUUAAAGCUAAUAAAAUAAGAUUGUGUCAUUUCGGCAUAACUGUUCUACCUAUUACCACUAGCACAUUGCUAAUAAGUGUGAACUGAAAAAAGUUUUUACAAAAUGUACAUGAAAUUUAAACUUGCUUCUUUAUGAUUCUAGUGCCACAGUGAAAAAAAAAAAAAACAGUAAAAUGGAAAACUGUGACACGCUGAAUUUUGAUGGGGAGGACCAGGGGGCUGGAAGGGCAUUGUGUUAUAGCCGGACCUGUUUGAAAAUUCCAGCCACAGAAAUCCAUAAUGAUGACUUUGAAAGAGACGCAGUCAGUAAAGCUGCCAGAGUUUGAUUAAAUGUCAGUGCUUAGGAGACUGCACUGUUUGUAUCACCAGCCCAGGAACAGAAUAAAUAUGCAUAUCUCAAGGCACUAAAUUUAAUUUUAGGAGAG